AUGGCUGUUCAGCCUGAGCUGCAGAAUGCCCAGGCAAACCCCGGAACAUACAUCGAAGGGGGUCGCCAGCCCCCCAUGUCGGAGAGAGGCAAGGAGUCCGACAAAAAUGACAGCGGGACCUGUGCCCCCAAGGGGGAGCUGCUGCCGUCCCACUCCACGGUGGCGCUCAUCGAGGACACCGCCGACAACCCCUGGGACCUGCCCACACUGCAGGACACGGGGCUCAAGUGGUCAGAGCGCAAUGCCAGCGGGAAGCUGCUCUGUGUCCUCCAAGGCAUUGGGAAGCUCGUCCUGCUGCUGGGAUUCCUCUACUUGUUCGUGUGCUCCCUGGACGUCCUCAGCAGUGCCUUCCAGCUGCUGGGAGGAAAGAUGACCAAGAAGUUCCUCCAUAACAACUCGAUCGUGUCCAACCCUCUGGGAGGUCUGGGGAUCGGGGUGCUGGUGACCGCCCUGAUCCAGAGUUCCAGCACCUCCUCGUCCGUCAUCAUCAGCAUGGUGGCCUCGUCAUUGCUGACCGUGCGGGCCGCCAUCCCCAUCGUCAUGGGGGCCAACAUUGGCGCCUCCAUCACCAACACCAUCGUGGCGCUCAUGCAGGCCGGGGACCGCAAUGAGUUCAGAAGGGCUUUUGCAGGGGCCACCCUUGAUGACUUCUUCAGCUGCCUCACUGUGCUGGUGCUCCUGCCCCUGGAGGUCACCACCCAUUCCCUGGAGAUGCUGGCCCACCUGGUGCUCAAUACCUUCCCCUUCAGGAUUGGAAGAGAUACCCCAAGUCUCCUGAAAGUCAUCACAGAGCCCUUCACGAAGCUCAUCAUCCAGCUGGAUAAAAACGUUGUCAACAAAUUGGCAUUGGAUGAUGAUGAAGAAACCCCAAACAAGAGUCUCAUCAAGAUUUGGUGCAAAACAAUUAUCAACACGACCCAGAUGAAUGUCACUGUGCCCUCACCUAAGAACUGCACCUCCCCUGACCUCUGUUGGACUGAUGGUUCUCGUACCUGGACCCUUCAGAAUGUGGACUACCAGGAGAACAUCGAAAAAUGUCAGCACAUCUUUGUGAAUUUCAACCUCCCGGAUCUGGCUGUGGGCAUCAUCUUGGUGAUUGUCUCCCUGCUGGUCCUCUGUGGCUGCCUCAUCAUGAUUGUCAAGCUCCUGGGCUCCGUGCUCAAGGGGCAGGUGGCUGUUGUUAUCAAGAAGACCCUCAACACUGAUUUGCCCUUUCCCUUUGGCUGGCUGACUGGCUACCUGGCCAUCCUUGUGGGGGCGGGUAUGACCUUCAUUGUGCAGAGCAGCUUCGUGUUCACAUCUGCCAUAAACCCACUGAUUGGACUCGGUGUGAUCUCCAUUGAGAGGGCAUAUCCACUCACCCUGGGCUCCAGCAUCUCCGCCACCACCACGGCCAUCUUGGCUGCCCUGGCCAGCCCAGGCAACACUCUGAGGAGCUCGCUCCAGAUUGCCCUGUGCCACUUUUUCUUCAACAUCUCUGGCCUCUUGCUGUGGUACCCCAUCCCCUUCACCCGCCUGCCCAUCCACCUGGCCAAGGGGCUGGGCAACAUCUCCGCCCAGUACCGCUGGUUUGCUGUCGUCUACAUCAUCGUCUUCUUCUUCCUGACUCCGCUGGCCGUGUUUGGGCUCUCGCUGGCAGGCUGGCAGGUGCUGGUGGCCGUGGGGGUGCCCAUCAUCUUUGUGAUUGUGCUGGCCGUGUUCAUCGGGCUCCUGCAGUCCCGCUGCCCGGGGCUCCUGCCCAAGAAGCUCCAGAACUGGGACUUUCUACCCCUGUGGCUGCACUCGCUGAAGCCCUGGGAUGAGGUGGUCUCCAGGCUCAUCAGCUGCUUCCAGAAACGUGGCGACAGGCGUGGCAGGAAUCUGGAGGAGGUGCAGAAAGAGCCCAUGAGAGCCCUAGAGGCCUUUGAUGACUUUUCCGUAGACCAAGGGGCCCGAGCCAGGUUCUCCACUUUCCACAUGGAUGCCCAGAACACGAGUGUUGUUGUGUUCUUGUAG